AUGGAUGCUUCCACAGGACCUGGAGUGGCACUGACGUUGAAUUUGUCUCUGGACGGGCUCUAUGCUGCGCAAAUUAGUGGGAAGGACUUGGUCGUUUACAGCAAUCCGAGUUCAGAAAGUAGAAACGUGCAAGUUUCCCGGCUAAAAGAAAAUGGCGCCAAAUAUGUCAAAUUCAGCCCAAUCUACACAUCAUCGCAGGGUACUUUGGAUGAGGAGAGUCGAUUUCUGCUCACUGCCAAUGAUACUCGCGUGACGGUAUGGCAGCUAAAUCCUUUGCAAGUUUUUGGCGAGAUUGAGCAUCUCGAGCCAGGAGCAUUGGGCAUUGAUUUUGGGAAGGAUGGCCGCGAGGUUCUCAUCUUCCAUGCGUGGAACACAAAAUUGACUGUUCACUCUUUGGAGAAUGGUCGCAGCUCGGUGAUCAAAACGCCCAAGUCUGCCAGUCAACAUGGACUUGCCUACCGGCCGGUGACGGGGCACUUUGCCAUACUGCUGAAGCCUGACAUGUCUGAUCUGUUGACUAUUCACGACCCCAAGUCCUACGAAUUGCUGGGACGCACCAUCCUCCCUACUGUUGAUGCCCAGGGAUUGAAAUGGAGUCCCGAUGGAAAAUGGCUUGCGGUCUGGGAUGUUGCCAGUGGAGGCACAAAAGUCCUUAUUCUUACUGCGGAUGGACAGCUAUACAGAACGUACCAAGGAUCCUCGAGUGACGAUGACCCUUUCGAUCUUGGGGUGAAGCACAUUGAGUGGGCGCCGCCAGGGGGCGCCGAGGGAGUGUCGAAGUAUCUAGCGGUGGGUAAAGUCAACGGCAACAUUGACAUCUUGGGCACACGAACGUUUUCAUCGUCGAUUUCACUGUCCCAUGUUUUUCCCGCCGAAACGGACGCGCCGAGCUUCUGGCGAGAGCGUUUCACUAGUGCCAUGGGUGACGCAGAUUAUGCAGAGACUUCGAGCUCAUCCGCCGCCAACAUGAGCCCCGAGUCACCAUCCUCGCUCCGUGGCGUUGCAAUCAUGUCAUUCAGCUCAGAUGGACACCAUCUGGCGACUGUCGAUGCUACGCGGUCAAAUGUCGUCUGGAUUUGGUUCGUUGACGAAAGUCCACAGCUAGUUUCAGUCCUCGUACAUGAACAGCCCGUGAGACAGCUCGCCUGGCACCCGUCCACGCCGCAGCUACUGAUCAACACUAUCACCACGUCACUGCCCACAAUCCGGUGGUGGUCACCCAACACGCGACCUGUGAUUGCUCGAGUACCUACCCAGAGGAGCGAAUCGGGCAAGUACGAUGUGAAGUGGCUCGCCGAAUCCCAGCCCGACUCGGCCUUCUGGGUUGGCUCUACAGAGGAAUACGUGAGUGACGCCAAGUCACGUGAGAUUAUCAUCUCGCCUGGGGCCACAGUCCGGGCAAUCGAAAAUCUUGCCCGCGUCACGCCCCACGGCCACUUUCGUAUCUCAUCAGCAGGUCGGUCGGCUCCUCUUCUCUUCGAACCAUCCACACCAACAGCAAAAAUGGCGCCCUCAGCAACCGGUGGCAAGAAGCAGAAGAAGAAGUGGUCCAAGGGCAAGGUCAAGGACAAGGCUCAGCACGCCGUUGUCUUCGAGAAGUCCACCCUUGAGAAGCUCAACAAGGAUGUUCAGACCUACCGUCUGAUCACCGUUGCCACCCUCGUCGAUCGCCUGAAGAUCAACGGCUCCCUUGCCCGCAAGGCUCUUGCCGACCUCGAGGAGCAGGGUCAGAUCAAGAAGGUUGUCAGCCACUCCAAGCUGAACAUCUACAGUACGUUUUCUCCCACCCUCCCAUCGGAUAUCAAAAAUUCUAUCGUGGGUACUAACGAUUUUGCCAUCUUAGCCCGUGCCGUCACCGCCGAGUAA